AUGCGAUGCACGAGCAAGGCCGCCGAGAGCGCGUCCGCACGUCUCUGUGCGGACGCCGAAGCAGAAACUACAGCAACUGAUGUCUCAUCGGUUGCUGAAGCGACUCAGCCUGUAUCACCUGAUGAUGCAGGCGCUCGUCAUGAAGACACUCAUGUCUUCACCGAGCAUGAGCUCGGUGUCUCGUACUCUCCUGAUACGGAAGACGGAUCCGUAUCGACGGCGAUCGAAUCCAAGCCGCCUGCCAAGCGUGGCAUGGAUGAUGCUAUGUGCCGCAGCAUCUUUGGUUCAUCUGAUGAAUCAGAUGAACCAUCGCCGAAGCGAAGGCGCUCGAGGUCGCGAGAAUCGGGCGCUAACAGUGGUGUCGGUUCUCCUAUGGACACCACUUCGCAACGAGGUGCCAGUACUUCUGUCGGCACGUCGCAGGAAGAGCGGGACCGCAAUGUGUUGCGUCUCGCUCCCGAGAAGAAGGCAUGGAUGCCUCCAAAGUCAGUCAUGGAUCGCUUGUCGGCGACGACGAGUGAUCGUUAUCGAACACGGUUGUUCGAUUCGUCAAGGAUCCAUCACCUUGACCCCAGUGCGAAAAACUAUCGCGCUGAACAUGAAUUCUUCAUCGAUGCUUUCUUUAGACAUCGAUGGUACAGUGGGAAUCACAAACGUGAUGGUCCCUCACUACUUCAGGCGUGGAACGUCUACAUCCAUAACCUCGAGGAUGUAGGUCGUGACGCUUGGAACGACAAACUUAUCAAAGCUCGUGAUAAGUUUGAAAAGCGAACCCCGACAGGUGCACGCUAUAAGCUGAAUCGUCUGUCAAAGGCCCGUGUACGUAUCUCUACUGAGAUGUACGAAGGGAUUGACAACCUGAAAUCCCUUUACGACCGUGCCGGGAAGACUUUCUCCGGCGGUCCUUCUGCGGCACAGGAUGUGCCACGUCGUACUGCUCAACCAGACCCAGUACGUCAAUCAUCAGUCGGGAGCGGGGCUCCCAAGUAUCCCAGGACGGGGAAUAACCGCGCCACCGGACGAGAUAACUCGUCCGACGUCCGUUCACAUCGCGGUGGUUCAACAGCUGCUCAACAAGAUAGCGCUGGCCACCGCGAGAGUCCUCUAAUGGAGGUGGAGGAGGAGGAAAAUGCUCUCCAAACUAUCGUGAGGUAG